AUGAGGCCAAUUGACCCUAAUAUCUCUGUUAAGAUCUUAUUUCAGGCUGAAAUUCAUCAAAAACGUGGUCCUCUUUAUCUUGUAGAGUCUCUAUAUCCAAAAUCUACAAAAAAAGGGCCAAAAGCAAAGUCUAUUCCGAAGAAAUGGGCAGAAAAACAGCCAAAUGAUCAUACAACUGCAUCUAUCCCUGAUGACUCUACAGCCGAUACCCAGCUAGAUAAGCUUCUAAUACCCCCAGAAGAAGCUGAAGAACACUUUAAAGGCCGUUAA